AUGAAGCGGUACCGAGUUUUGCACCAGGUCGGUGAUGGCACGUUUGGGUCAGUGCACCUCGCAGUCUCCGAGGAGACAGGUGACAAGGUCGCUAUAAAGAAGAUGAAAAAGAAAUAUUACUCAUGGGAGGAAUGCAUGAAUCUUCGCGAAGUGAAGUCGCUGCAAAAACUCAGUCAUGUGAAUCUUAUCAAGCUCAAAGAGGUCAUUAGAGAGGACAACACGCUUUAUUUCGUGUUCGAGUACAUGAAAGAGAACCUCUACCAACUCAUCAAAGACAGAGAAAAACCUUUCGCCGAACCUGUGAUCCGCAAUAUCAUCCAACAGAUCUUUCAAGGACUAGCCUUCAUGCACAAACACGGUUUCUUUCAUCGAGACAUCAAACCGGAAAAUCUCCUCUGUAUGGGACCAGACACGAUCAAAAUCGCGGAUUUCGGUCUCGCUCGGGAGAUCAGAUCGCGACCCCCUUACACCGAUUAUGUGUCAACGAGAUGGUAUCGUGCACCGGAGAUCCUGCUUCGGUCAACGCACUACUCUUCGCCAAUUGAUAUUUGGGCGGUCGGCUGUAUUUUCUCCGAGCUAUACACGCUGCAACCAUUGUUCCCCGGCCGUUCGGAGAUCGAUCAAAUAUUCCGGAUAUGCUCUGUCCUGGGCACGCCUGACAAGAGGGAUUGGCCCGAGGGCUAUCAAUUGGCGACGGGGAUGAACUUCCGGUUUCCUCAGUUCACUGAGAUGACUCUGGAGAGCAUUGUGCCCAACUGUAGUGCUGAAGGUAUCUCAUUGUUGCGGGAUAUGUUACGUUGGAAUCCGUCGCGAAGACCAACUGCCACAGCGGCCCUCCGCUACCCGUAUUUUCGGGAAGGUCCCCGAACAGGUCCUAUGUAUUCACUCAACCAACAGAUGAAGCAGCAUCAAAGAUCUGCGAUGGCGCGGUCAUACCAGGAAUUCGCCGACAAACGCCUUCUUCAGGAUUUAGAAAACGGAAGCUUUGAGAUGAAACCUCAAUCCAAGUCCUGGUCGAAUAUAAACUGGGACGCGGAUUACACCGAUGGUAAAAUCAAAGAGAUCGUCCAAGAGCCUGCGAAGCCUCCUGACGACGACGUUGACAUCAAUCGGAAUCUCCAUCAAACGACCCAAACUCAGAGGUCUUGGGGAUAUCAGGGUCCGAGGGCCAACUCGGUCAAGAGGAAAACCGGAACCGCCCUGAGGAUGGUACCCCCGGGGAUGGAGGUUAUCCAGAGCACCGAGAGUCUGCUCCAGGAUGCAGAGCUGAUAUCGCUGAUGAAUAAGUCCUUGGGAGCUAGCUACGGCAGUGGCAGUAUGCGGGGCUCGGCGCUGUUCACCCGACGAAGUCAGCCAUCCUCAAUCCACGGACGAACGGACUGGGCAGCAAAGUAUCUGAAAUAG